AUGGCUCGCCAGACCCCUCCGUCGCUCACCAUGCUGGUUUCCGCCAUGAUCUUCGUCUCGUCGGCUGCUGCUGCCGCUUACUCUGCCUCUCCCUCAACCGCCGCCGCCAGCAACAAAUACGCUCUCGUCCCGGCGACAAACAGCCUUCUAUUCGGCAAUGGAUACUCGGUGACGUGGGGUCCCGCGGGAAUCACCUCCGCCGUCGACUCCCAUGGCGCGCCUCUCAAAUUCGUCAACAACCCUGACGGAUCCGUCACUGUUGGUAAGGUGUACACCGCCUACCCCAACGGCACGCUCACCGGUCCCGGCAUUGUAAUCGUCACCAGUGGGCCCACUGCGGGAUUCUGCAUGGGAAAGACGAGGUUCCUGGAGAACGGCACGAUCGUGGACGCCUCGGGAAAGAAAGUUACGCCGACUCUUAAUGCGGACGGGUCGUACACUGCAGGGGACCUGAAAGGGUGGAGCAACGGCACCAUUGUUGGCCCCACUGGUGCAUCGAUCUAUCUCGGCGCACCGCUCGCGCUCACCCCUGACGGCUCCGUUGGUUUUGUUGCCCCCAGCAGCAGCUACUCCUACAACUCGACCACCAACAGCCUGACGUUCGGCAAGAAUUACACGGUGACGUGGAGUGAGACAGGAUUCACCUCCGCCGUCGACUCGACGGGCGCGACUCUCAAAGGCUUCAAAAACCUCACCGACGGAUCCGUCACUGUUGAUGGCGCGUACACUGCCUACACCAACGGCACGCUCAUUGGUCCCGGCAUUGUCGUGGUCGUGAAUGGACCGACUGCCGGGUUCAGCAUGGGAAAGACGACCCUCCUGAAGAACGGCACGAUCGUGGGCGCCUCGGGAAAACCAGUUGCGCCGACUGCCAAUGCGGACGGGUCGUACACUGCAGGGGAACUGCGUGGGUGGAGCAAUGGCACCAUUGUUGGCCCCACUGGUGCAUCGAUCUAUCUCGGCGCACCGCUCACGCUCAACCCUAAUGGCACCGUUACUUUCGCCAGCAACGGUGGCGCUAGUGGCAGUGCUCCUUCUGCCUCUCCUUCUCCUUCUGCUGCUCCUUCUUCUGCUGCUCCUUCUCCUUCUGCUGCUCCUUCUUCUGCUGCUCCUUCUCCUUCUGCUGCUCCUUCUUCUGCUGCUCCGGCUCCUCCUUCUCCUUCUCCUUCUCCUUCCGCUUCUCCGGCUACUCCUUCCCCACCCAAGGCUGCAGGUUUGCUUGCUACACCGGUCACGGCUCUCACUGCUGUCAUCACUCUGAUGCUUGGCACAAUCCUAUUCGUGUAA